CUAAUGAAUGACACCGCAGAAUGAGGCCUCCAUCAUACUCCACGGAGAUUUAUGAAACGGAAGCACCAUUUCUUCAAAAAUCAGUCUAAAUAAGCUCUUUAAAUCAUACCCUUCUUCUUCUUUUACAUUCUCAUUAAAAAUCUUUGAUGGGUUUUUCUUUUUCAGUGAUUCUUUGUAUUGUAUUGAUUUUUUGAGCUUUUGGGGUUCAAGAAAAGCCGCAAAUAAAGGCAUUUGAAUCGAAAAAUUCAAUUACUCUCUUUCCAAAUCUUGCUUUCCAUUCGAGAAUCCCUCCAUUAACGUAAGAUCAGCUGAAAGUUUUUGCCUCUGAUCAUGGGCUUCUUUCUUUUGACCUUUUCAUCUUCAGAUUAUAACAGAGGAAGUGUUGGACUUGAUGCUUUUAUUGCUUCAUUUAUGGCCACUGAUAAUGAUUUUUGAGAGGUUAGUGAACUGUUGUUAUCAAAUCAUGUUGUAGCUCUUGUUGAACAGAUGGUUGAUUGUUAAGAUGUUGUAUUAUUUCGAUUCCGGGUCGGUUUCGAGUGCAAAACUUGUUGGGGUUUUGCUACUACUGGCUUGUCUGUUUAAUAUUUCACAUGGGUUGAAUCAAGAAGGGCAUUUUCUGUUGGAGUUGAAAAAUAAUUUUUCUGAUCCAUUUGGUAAUUUGAGAAAUUGGGAUUCAAGUGAUAAGACACCGUGUGGAUGGACUGGUGUCCACUGUACUUCUAGUGAGGAACCAGUGAUCUAUUCUCUUGACUUGAGCUUAAAGAAUCUUUCUGGUUCCUUAAGCUCAAGCAUUGGUAAGUUGAUCCACCUGACUUAUCUCAAUGUUUCCUUCAAUGAAUUCACCGGAAGUAUACCGAAAGAGAUCAGCGAUUGUAUCAAGUUGGAAUAUCUCAUUCUGAACAACAAUAAGUUUAAUGGUGAACUUCCAUCUGAAUUGGGAAGGCUGACCUCUUUGGUGAAGUUGAAUAUAUGUAAUAAUGGAAUCCAUGGUUCUUUUCCUGAAGAAAUUGGGAACUUGAAAUCCUUGGUUGAAUUAGUUGCAUAUACCAACAAUAUCACGGGUCCGUUGCCUCGUUCUUUUGGAAAACUAAAGAGCUUGAGAAUAUUUAGAGCAGGACAAAAUGCGAUUUCAGGAAGCUUACCGGCUGAAAUAGGUCAGUGUGAGAACUUGGAAACACUUGGCCUUGCUCAAAACCAGUUAGAAGGGGAUUUACCAAAGGAGCUUGGCAUGCUUAAAAACUUGACUGAAUUGAUUCUUUGGGAGAACCAAAUUUCUGGCAUUCUUCCAAUAGAGCUUGGGAAUUGUACAAGUCUAACUAUUUUGGCUUUGUAUCAAAACAAUCUUGGUGGACCCAUACCUAAGGAAUUUGGGAAUCUAAUCUCUUUGAUGAAGUUGUAUAUAUACAGAAAUGCAUUGAAUGGAACCAUUCCUGCAGAGCUCGGGAACCUUUCUCUGGCGAUAGAGGUAGACUUCUCCGAGAACUAUUUGACUGGUGAGAUACCUAAAGAGUUGAGUAACAUAGAAGGUCUCCAAUUACUCUACCUAUUUCAAAAUCAGCUGACUGGGAUUAUACCAAAUGAACUUAGUGGCUUGAGUAGCUUAACUAAGCUUGAUCUUUCGAUUAACAACCUCACAGGCCCUGUUCCUUUUGGGUUUCAGUAUAUGCCUUCAUUGAGUCAAUUGCAGCUUUUCGACAACAGUUUGACUGGUAGCAUUCCUCAAGGACUUGGACGUAAUAGUUCCCUUUGGGUAGUCGACUUUUCAGAUAACCUCUUGACGGGACGAAUACCCCCCCAUCUAUGUCGUCAUUCUAAUCUGAUCAUCUUGAACUUGGAGUCCAAUAAACUUUAUGGAAAUAUACCUACCGGGAUCUUGAACUGCAAAUCAUUGUUGCAAGUUCGUUUAGUUGGGAACAGGUUCACUGGCGGCUUUCCAUCAGCAUUUUGUAACUUGGUGAACCUUACUGCCAUUGACUUGGACCAGAAUAGAUUCAGUGGUCCGCUUCCUCCAGAAAUUCGAAAUUGCCAAAAGUUGCAAAGGUUGCAUAUUGCAAACAAUUACUUUACGUCUCAUUUGCCAAAGGAGAUAGGAAACCUUGUAAAGCUAGCAACUUUCAACGUUUCAUCAAAUCUUUUUACCGGGCCGAUUCCACCUGAAAUAGUCAAUUGCAAGGUUCUCCAACGGCUUGAUCUGAGUAACAACUUCUUUGAAAAUACUUUGCCAAAAGAGAUUGGAUCUCUCUUACAAUUGGAAAUUCUUAGAGUUUCAGAUAAUAAUUUUUCAGGAAGCAUACCCAGAGAACUGAAAAACCUCUCUCAUUUGACAGAAUUGCAAAUGGGUGGCAAUUCAUUCUCUGGUAGCAUUCCUUCGGAAUUGGGGUCCCUAAAAAGCUUGCAAAUAUCUCUGAAUCUCAGUUUCAAUAUGCUAACUGGGACAAUACCACUAGAGCUUGGAAAUUUGAAUCUACUGGAAUAUCUCCUGCUGAAUAACAAUAGUUUGACUGGUGAAAUACCUAGCUCGUUUGCUAAUCUUUCGAGUUUAAUGAGCUGCAACUUCUCAUACAAUGAUCUUCGGGGGCCAAUCCCUUCAAUACCUUUGUUUCAGAACAUGCCUCCUAGUAGCUUCGUUGGCAAUAAGGGACUCUGUGGUGGACCUCUUGGAGAUUGCAAUGGAGAUUCAUCUUCUCCAUCCAUUCCAUCUUUCAAGAGCAUGAAUGGGGCUCGAGGUAGAAUCAUAACUGGGAUUGCUGCUGCUAUAGGUGGAGUUUCUAUUGUUCUAAUUGGAAUAAUCUUAUAUUGCAUGAAACGUCCAUCCAAAAUGAUGCAAAACAAGGAAACACAGUCUCUGGAUUCAGACAUCUAUUUCCCGCCUAAGGAAGGUUUUACUUUCCAAGAUCUAAUUGAAGCAACAAAUAGUUUUCAUGAGAGCUGUGUGGUGGGAAAAGGUGCUUGUGGAACUGUAUACAAGGCUGUGAUGCGUUCUGGACAGAUCAUUGCUGUCAAGAAGUUAGCAUCAAACAGGGAAGGGAGCAACAUUGAUAAUAGUUUUCGAGCUGAGAUUUCGACACUAGGAAAGAUCAGACAUCGCAAUAUUGUUAAACUAUAUGGCUUUUGCUAUCACCAAGGUUCGAAUCUACUUCUCUAUGAGUACAUGGAAAGGGGUAGUCUGGGCGAGUUGCUUCAUGGGACUGAGUGUAACUUGGAAUGGCCUACUCGAUUUACGAUUGCCAUUGGAGCUGCAGAAGGACUUGAUUAUCUACACCACGGCUGCAAACCAAGGAUCAUACACCGUGAUAUCAAAUCAAAUAACAUUCUCCUCGAUUAUAAAUUUGAGGCCCAUGUUGGAGAUUUUGGUUUAGCAAAAGUAAUGGACAUGCCUCAAUCUAAAUCAAUGUCAGCAGUCGCAGGAUCGUACGGAUACAUUGCUCCUGAAUAUGCUUACACGAUGAAGGUCACAGAAAAAUGUGACAUAUACAGCUAUGGGGUGGUUUUACUCGAACUGCUAACUGGAAAAACACCGGUACAACCAAUUGAUCAGGGAGGUGAUCUCGUCACAUGGGUCAAAAACUAUAUGCGAGACCAUUCAAUGUCGUCUGGAAUGCUAGAUCAGCGGUUGAAUCUUCAAGAUCAAGCCACGGUCAAUCACAUGCUGACAGUCCUAAAAAUUGCUUUGAUGUGCACAAGUUUGUCUCCAUUUCAUCGUCCAUCAAUGCGGGAAGUUGUGUCUUUGCUUUUAGAAUCUACCGAGCCAGAUGAAGAUCAUAUUCCAGCUUUAACAUAUAAUCUAGCUCCAAAUGACGAUGCAACCUCAUGAAAUUUCAGGUUGGCGGUCUUUGUUUUCAGAUAACUGAAUAGUUCAUGCAUUUUUUUAACAUAAAAAGUGGUAAUAUGUAUAUUUCACCCAUAGAAAAUAUAUAUUAUAUGUAAUAUAUAUAGCAUGUAGUAUUUCCAGAGUAUAUAGUAUAUGGGGUAACGAUCAUGUUACCCAACUAUUGCUUAGAUUUUGCAUUUGUUAUAUAGGAUCUAAUAAAAGUCUUUGUAUAGUUUGCUGCAUAUGAUUAAUAUAAUAAUCUGUAGCCAUCUGUUUUGCUAA